ACAAUCCACACACACACACAUAAGAAAAGAAAUUAACAAAUUAUCACAAAAAUACGUUUUCUUGUAUAAUAAUUUUUCUCUAGAUUUGUCGCUUACCUUUUGAAAUUCUCCGGCGAUGAAUCUCGCCGGGAAAAGGAAUAUUCCGGUUAUUAUUUCUGUUUCCGUUACUAGUGACUCUUACCAUCGCCGUCAUGUCUUCCGUGAACAUCGUCGGACCUGAAAAAUCCUUCUCCUAGACUUUUUUUUUUUCUUUCUUCUCUUUGUAUUAUUAUUCUUUGCUUCGUUUUUGUGAAGAAGAUGAUCCGCUGAUUUCAGAAGUUUUCUUCUUCUGGAUUUUAGCUGAGAGGUUUUUGGUAGAUUCUGUUUCUUCUUCUUCCUCUGUGGUUUUCGAAUCCAGUUUUGGAAUUUUUGAAGAUUUUGUUUAGUUUCUGUUGAAGAGAUCUGAGAUAUUUGAACGAAGCAGAGUGUAUAUGAAAUCAAAUCUGUGAAAAUUUCUUUGAAUUUGAAUUGACUUUGGACUUGUGAGAGAAGUUAGAUCUUCUUCUUCGUGAGCUAUGCCAUUUACGAUGAAGAUCCAACCGAUUGAUAUCGAUUCUUCACCAACCGUAGCUAGAGCUGAAUCAGGAAACAAACCGGUGCUCAAAUCUCGUCUCAAACGUUUGUUUGAUCGGCCGUUUACAAACGUAUUGAGAAACUCAACAACUACAACCACCGAGAAACCAUUCGUUGUCACCGGUGGUGAAGUUCAAUGCGGCGGAGUAGUGACGGAGUUCGAGCCGAGUUCUGUUUGCUUAGCGAAGAUGGUACAGAACUUCAUUGAAGAAAACAACGAGAAACAAGCUAAAUGUGGACGUAAUCGUUGUAAUUGCUUUAACGGCAACAACGAUGGUUCUUCCGAUGAUGAAUCAGAUCUAUUCGGUGGUUCAAUCGACGGUUGCGACGCUUCUGAUCAUCUCAAGAGUUUGAUUCCGUGCACAACCGUCGGAGAGAGGAAUCUGUUAGCCGACGCGGCGAAGAUUGUAGAUAAGAACAAAUCGGUGAAACGAAAAGACGAUAUGAAGAAGAUCGUCAAUGAAGGACUCUUAUCACUUAAUUACAAUUCUUCAAUCUGCAAAUCAAAAUGGGAUAAAUCUCCUUCGUUCCCAGCUGGUGAAUACGAGUACAUAGAUGUGAUAAUCGGAGAAGAAAGGUUAAUAAUCGAUGUAGAUUUCCGAUCAGAGUUCGAUAUAGCGAGACAAACGAGUGGUUACAAGGUGUUGCUUCAAUCUCUACCGUUCAUUUUCGUCGGAAAAUCUGAUCGGUUAAGUCAGAUCGUGUUUUUGAUAUCGGAGGCGGCGAAACAGAGUUUGAAGAAGAAAGGAAUGCCUUUUCCUCCGUGGAGGAAAGCUGAGUACAUGCGAUCUAAAUGGCUCUCUUCUUAUACGCGAGCUUCCGUUGUUGUUGUCGAUGAGACGGUGACGGUGACGGAUGUUACGGCGGCGGAUGCGGCGGUGGAGAAGGAGGUGGAUAGUGUAGAGAUUGAGCUGGUUUUUGAGGAGAAAUGUUUAUCUCCGAGAGUGAUUGUUAAUUCUUCCUCCUCUCCAACCGACGGCGAUGAUGACGUGGCGGUGGAGAGAGAAGUGAAGGCUGUCACCGGAUUAGCUUCACUCUUUAAGGAAAAGCCCUAAAUAAAAAAUUUUGGAGUUUUUUUUUUUAAUUUCUUUUUCUAAUUUUCAAGGUAAAAAAAUUAAAAAUAUAUAACAGUAACCAUAUAUUCGCUUUUUUUUUUUCUUACAUUUUUGUAGUUUGUUUUGACCUCUCUUGUUUUUUUCUUUACAAGGGGUUUUUACCACUUUGUACUUUAGUACCGUCCACGGUGAAAAAAAUAAAAAAUAAUUACUACUUCCCGAAUAAAAAUGUUAUCUAUAAAAAUUUAGUACUUCCGAAACUCAAAAA